AUGGCGGCUGGUGAAGAUCCCAUAUUUCUAGCUCUUCCUUUGCGCAUUCAGUCUCAGAUAGACCGAGCUUUCGACAAGGCGACAGGCUCAGCCGUCUCUUCUCAUCCACCCUCUUCGUCUUCUGAACCCGUAACGCGCCUCGGUGACGAGGACUCUGCUGGAGGUUUUGUAAUCGAGACCACAGUGCCCGCGCCCGGUGGGUUCCUUUUAGAUGACACGGACGACGCGCCUGGAGGCUAUCUCCCGCCGUCUCCUCCGGCAGGGACAACGACACAGAUGGUUUCACGUUCAGAGCCCAAUCGAACUGAGACGAAGGCAACCCACAUUCCCUUAUCGCUCAUACCCACCGCCCUCCAAAUACUCGAUCUGCCUCCCGCGGAUGACGAUAUUCUCUCAGUCUUUCGAAAUGCGGCAUCGGGAUGGGCUGAGCCCGAUGGAUCCACUGCGAGACGACCUGCGGGGACGACAGCAGAUGAAGAAGAAGUUGUCAACAGGAAGGAUUGGAGAUCAGUUUGUGCAGUACUCUUAGAAGGGGCGGGCGACGAUGUUGAGGAGACCGAAGGCCAGACGGAAGAGGAUGCUGACGAAGACGAAAUGGACGUAGAUGUUGACGGCCGUCCGGAAGCUUUCGAGUCCUCGGGAGAUGCUUCAUCGGAUGAAUACGUCGAACCCGGUACCAGUUCUCGUACACGUCAGGGUAAGCGCAAACGAACUGCACCAAAAGCCGCAUCGUCCAAGAACACUUCCACGACGCGCCGUACUCGCUCGAGAAAGCAACCCUCUCACUCCGGUGAUAGCGACGAAGACUAUGACGACUCUCGACCUCUUACGGCGCGCCAACAACGGGACUGCCUUCUUGCAUUCGCUAUGUUCUUCCCGGACAUCGAUCUGGAUAAGGAGGGCGAAGAGGAGAAGCUAAAGAAGAAAAGGAUGGGCGUCAGAGAGCUCAAAGCUGUAGCUGAGCUGUUGAGAGAAAAGAUCAAGGCGGAAGAGAUGAUCGAAAUGCUGGAGGCUUUCUCGUCAUCGCCAGAUAAGAAGUUGAAUCUGACUGAUUUCGAACGGAUGAUGAUCGCCACUCGAAUGGCAUAG